UUCAAUUCACAUCACUUAAAAAAAAUUUAACUUAAAAUUAAUUGUUAAAUAAUUGUACUUUUAUAUUUUGUUAUUGCUAUAGGGUGAACUUUCUUAAAUUGUCCUUAUUGUUUAUUUAACUAUUGCGUGACUUUUAACUUGUCGUUUUUGAUGUUAGGCUUAAAUUAGGCUGAAACUAUCCUAUAUAAAGAAAUAUGACAAAGAUAAAUCACAUGAAACCUUUCCUUCUGAGUCUGUUUGUGACCAUUUUUUUGAUAUUUUAUUAUCUUAGUAUAUCUAGAUCAGUGCUUCUCAACCAGGAAACCGGGGCCCAAAAGGGGCUCUGAGCAAACUUCCAAGAGGGGCCACAGAAUCACUCAAUCGCAAACAAGUUCACUUCAAAGAGCAUGGGAACCUCUGAUAUAAAAUAUUUUUGAAUAUAUAAAUAUGGACCAAAUGCAACCAAAAUGUGUGCAUUAUACCAUGUCUUUGCAUUCAUAUUUGUGAUAUUAUUGGCCUUCUGAAUAUUGCAUUUACUAUUUGAAAUGAUAAUUAAGAUUUAGUUUGGCACACUGUGUCGGCCAUGAACUAAUAAAUAACACUUCAACUCACUAUUGUGUAACAGCUAUUUUCUCAGUGAAAUCUGGCCCUGGAUAUAUUAAGGUCUUGUUCACCAUUUACACUCUUUAGUGUUGCUGAUUUGGUUCAGUAAGAAGAACUCAAACAUGGAUCAGCAGGAAUACAAAAUGCUUAGUGACAAAAUGUUCACUUACAAAGGAACAGUCUUAACUUUGGCAGACAAUCGUGAUCUUACUCCUGAAUAUAUUGACAGUUUAGCGGAUUUUGAAACAAAGGAUGAUGAUGUCUUUGUUGUUACCUUCCCCAAAUCUGGUACGGUAUGGACCCAGCGGAUCAUGACGUUAAUAUAUGCUGAAGAUUUCCCGGGCAAAGCCAAUCAACCAAUCCACAAGCAGAUGCCCUGGUUAGAGUACAGAGCAAAGGGGAAAAAAUACAUUACAGGUCCAUCUCCAAGACUCUUCUGUUCUCAUUUACUCCAGCCACUGUUGCCCAAAAUGCUGCAAAGAAAAGGAAAAGUCAUCUAUGUCAUGAGAAACCCUAAAGAUGUUAUGGUGUCAUAUUUCCAUUUUUCCAACAACAUGAAAAUCAUGGAUUCUUCCAAGAACUUUGAUGAGAUGCUGGAAAACUUCUUCACAGGAUUGAUGCUUGGUGGCUGUUGGUUUGACCAUGUUAAAGGAUGGAUCACAAAUAAAGACAAAUACAACAUCCUGAUCCUUACUUAUGAAGAAAUGAUCAAGGACCUCAGAUCCGUCGUUGUGAAAAUCUGUGAGUUUGUGGGAAAGAAUCUGUCAGACGCAGCGAUCGAUAAAGUGGUGGAAACAGCCACGUUCAAGCACAUGAAGAAAGACCCCUUGGCCAACUAUGAAUUCCUUCCUCAGAUUAUCACAGACCGUCCACAAGGACUUUUUUUGCGCAAAGGAACAGUUGGGGACUGGAAGAACUCUUUAACCGUGGCUCAGAGUGAAUGUUUCGACCGCGUCUACCAGGAAAGAAUGAAGGACGUACCUCUUAACAUGGUCUGGGACAUCUCAGAAUUGCAGGGAUGAAAACUGAAGACUUGGCAUCCAUUUUACAAACUAAUAAAGAAAAAACACUAUCACGAUAA